AUGCCCGCCAACAAGUUCUUCGUGAUACCGGAGCUGGUGUACCUGAUGUCCCAGUACCUAAGUCUGCAAGAUAUUCUCCACCUUUUACAUACGAAUCGCCAAUUGCACAAAUCCUGCGCGCCGCUGUUCUACGAGACGCUAGACCUUCGAAGCAGCGCCAAGUUCUCUCGUCUUUUUGAGUCUCGAGAGGGCCUGAAGGCAAUGUCCCGGAACGUACACCAUGUUCGACAUAUCUGGGCUGAUGAUAUAUACCGCCUAUACUGUGGCCUCUGGGAUCACACCACCGGAAAAUCACUUCUCCUCGACGAUAACAAUGGGACCUCCAUGUUAGCAUCGGACGUCCCCAGAGCACAAACCACGCGACUUACGCGACUCGAAUGCCAUAUGUAUACUGGAGGAAGCGUUAAAUAUUACGUCUUCUUUCCGCUCUAUGCCCUGACCCUGGGGCUCGCGGCUGCGAACCCACACUUGGGACAUCUGGAUAUCUCUGCGAAGGUAUUUAGCAACGAAGUCUCGCUACAAGCCCUCCAAGAGAUUCUGAACAGCUGUCCACCGUCCGUUGAGUGUAUCAAGCUCGGCUUUACAAUCGUCGACCAGCCAUUUAAGGGCGGACCAUCGAUUGUGAAGCAGGAGCCGCUUCGAAACUUGAAGAGGAUGCACUUACCCGUUAGCAAAACUGGGUACCCUGCCCAAGUCCUGUGCGCCAUCCUCGAGCAGUGCCCUAUGCUCGAAGCAUGGUCUAUUCCAUGCCUUAGCAAUAUGGGCCAGGGUGGGCCUAUUGCAAACACAAUCCGGAAGCACUGCCCAAGACUCCGGGAUCUGUCAAUAGACGGCACACGAGAGAGUUGGAGAUUUGAAAGUGCUAUCAGGAUCAUGGGGGAGAUAGGCCCGCAACACCUUGAGUCCGCUCUCAGAAGUAACACCAUCGUUGCGAUUCUCAGCACCUGUGAAGCACUGAAGCACCUUGCGAUCAUAACGGUCGACCCCAGAAACAAAUGUGCCAUCACUUUGGAGGACGCCAUCACGCUCAAAUGGGCUUGCGAACGGAUCCAACACCUAGAAAUGCUGGUUGAUAUUGGUCAGCGACGGAUCGGUUUUACUAACAGGUUCGAUGUGACAAAGGAUUCGAGGGCAGAGCUAUGGUGGAGGCAAUUCGAGGCCUUUUACAUUCAGAUCGGAUGUCUCACUAGACUCAAAGCGCUAGACCUGAAAAUCGGAGACAGUGUCAACGGCGGCAAUAUAGGCCGGGCCACCUAUUUCUACAAAAUUUCGUUUCCUCGAAUGCUGAGCCUUCAAGACAACGGACAAGGGAAUCAGGGGUACCUGUCAUGUCUGGCGGGACUGAGGGAGCUGCGAGAACUGCGAGGAUCGGUGUACGCAGACACAUCAAAAGGUGACUUGAUCCAUCCGGCCAUUCAUGAGGCACUCCCACACUAUUCCAUCUUUAUCCCCGUACUGGGCCACCAUGUGUACGCCGGCUUGAACGCUUUGGUCCUCCAAUACGUUCGAUUCACGCUGUUCAAUGCUCCAGAGCUGGUCAACAAGGCCUAUAUUAAUAUCAAACGAGUCCUGCAAUCCAAACCAGGCAUUGAGCAUCUCACGCAUGGGGUCCAUCAAAAUGGGGGUGAGUCGCUGGAGUAUAUCUGUACCAUGGAGAGCAAAGGAAGCUCAACUACACACUUGACGGAUGUGUUGACAUUCUUGAAGCCUAUAUUCUGCCCUGCUUAUAUUCUGGUUUCUUCACGACCGAGGUCGUCUCAUGCGUAG